CUGAGAGCGCUCCAAGCGCUGGACAGCACUGAGACUUUACAAGAAUCCAUCUGUGACUUUGAAACAACUUCUUUGCUUUGCAGUUAGGUUAACGGAGGAAUAUGAGAAGUUUAAUAAGUGUUCAUAGCUGUAACUGUCAUUGUUAAGUGGACAGAUUCUUUGAAAAUGAGUAUUAACUUAAAGAGUCUCGGCGCAUUGUUACUGUUCUUAACUCUAUGCAUAGAGGUGCAGAGGUCGGAGUCUGCGGCAUGUCAUGGCUGUGGAACGGGAUCAAAGUGUGAUUGUAGUGGGGUGAAAGGAGAGAAGGGCGAGCGAGGGUUUCCAGGACUAUCAGGUCAGCCAGGUGUUCCAGGUUUCCCUGGACCAGAGGGGCCAAUUGGACCUCAUGGAGAGAAGGGUGAUGAUGGACCUUCAGGACCAAUGGGGCCGAAAGGAAUAAGAGGACCUCCUGGAUUGCCAGGGUUCCCAGGAACACCAGGAAUUCCAGGUCUCCCAGGACAGGAUGGUGCCCCAGGACCCAGGGGAAUUCCUGGGUGUAACGGAACUAAAGGUGAAAGAGGAUUUUCAGGAAGUCCAGGUCUUCCAGGUUUAGAGGGUCAACAAGGUCCAUCUGGUUAUCCAGGACAAAAGGGAGAGCCUGGGGAAGUUAUAGAAAUCAGUCGCAUUUCAGAUAAUGGGGAUCCUGGCAUUGACGGUUCGCCGGGCCCUAGGGGAGAUCCCGGACCCCCAGGUUUGCCAGGUCCCAUCGGUCCUGCUGGUCCCCGUGGUUAUGAGGGUCGUCCAGGUCCUCCUGGUCCACCAGGGCCCAAGGGAAACAUGGGAUUGAACUUCCAAGGACCAAAAGGAGAGAAGGGUGAUCGUGGAUUGCAAGGACCUCCAGGGCCACCGGGACAGGUUGGCGAAGUCUCAGGCUUACCUGACACAGUCAUUCAGCAAGGAGAAAAGGGGGAUCGUGGCCUGCCCGGAGAUGCUGGAUUUCCUGGCCCCCCUGGACCUCCUGGCCCACAAGGUGGCCAGAAAGGUGAGAAAGGAGAGCCUGGGGAUCUAGGAAAGAGGGGAAAACCUGGCAAAGAUGGUGACCCUGGUGACCCAGGAUUUCAGGGUGACAAGGGAGAUUCGGGUUUUCCUGGUCUGCCAGGUCGAGAUGGUGGCAGAGGUGAGAAAGGAGAACCAGGACCUCCUGGACCUCCAGGGUUUGGGGGCGGGCCAUUCCCAGGUGGAAGAGGACAAAAAGGAGAACGUGGUGACCCUGGAUCACCUGGUCCUAAAGGAGACAGAGGACUUCCAGGGUUUCAGGGGCCACCUGGUCCACAAGGUCCUCCAGGAAUUGGAGGUCCCGGUCCUGCCGGUCCACCAGGUUUACCUGGAGAGAGAGGCGACAAGGGUGAUGAAGGGCAGCCAGGAAUCUCCCUCCCUGGGGUGCCUGGGAGACCAGGUUUUCCAGGUCCCCAAGGUCUCCAAGGACCUCCUGGUCCCCCAGGAAUAUUCAAGGGUGAUCAGGAAUGUCCUAGUGGUCUUCCUGGACUUCCAGGCCUGCAGGGGGAGCGUGGAUUUCCAGGAGAUGUAGGACAGAAAGGUCAAAAAGGAGAGACAUGUGUGAAUUGCUUCACUAGUGGGAACCCUGUCCCUGGACCACCAGGUUUUCCAGGUCCUCCUGGAAAUCCAGGUGCAUCUGGAUCGCCUGGUCCUAAAGGAGACAGAGGAUUCCCAGGAGGGCCAGGGAUCAUGGGCCUACCUGGCAUACAAGGACCUCAGGGUUCUCCUGGAUUCCCUGGAGAGAAGGGCGACCCAGGUGAUGCCAUCUCUGUUACAGGUGUGAAAGGGGACAAGGGAGACACAGGUUUUCCUGGCCCUCCGGGUCUGCCAGGACUUGAAGGAAGGCCUGGUCGUGAUGGAGUGCCUGGUCCCCCUGGCCUCAGAGGACCACCUGGUUCUGCAUUUGUGAAAGGCGCACAAGGUCCCCCAGGUGAACCUGGCUUGACAGGUGCUCCAGGAGACAGGGGUCUGCCUGGUCCCCCAGGAUUUGGUCCUCAGGGUCCCACUGGAGAGAAAGGUAUCCAGGGAGUUUCAGGAAGACCAGGGGCUCCUGGAGCACCAGGUCAGAAAGGUGAACCUGGGCUAGCUGUGUCAGAGAAGGGUGAACGUGGACCCCCAGGUCGGGAUGGAGAACCUGGUUUUCCAGGAAGUCCAGGUAACCCAGGCCCACCUGGACAAGCUGGGUUCCCAGGCCUACCCGGAGCCAAAGGAGAGCCUGGUCUUCCUGGUUUUGGCUUGCCAGGACCCUCUGGUGCUAAAGGAUUUCCUGGUAUUGCUGGUUCCCCUGGUGGGCCUGGUGUUCCUGGACGGCCAGGAUUGGACGGACUCCCUGGUCAGCCUGGAUUACCUGGACCCAAAGGAGAACCUGGCUUUGGUUUACCAGGCCCUUCAGGUCCUUCAGGAUUCCCAGGCAGUAAAGGUGCACCCGGUCCUAAAGGCGAUCCUGGUUUCCCUGGAAAUCCUGGUGCACCAGGGCGAUCAGGUCUUGAUGGUGCCCCUGGACCUAAAGGUGAUCCUGGUUUUCCUGGUGGUCCUGGUCCUCUUGGUCCCCCAGGACCCCCUGCCUUUGGCCUUCAGGGCCCCCCUGGUCCUCCUGGAGCACCUGGCCCAAUGGGAACUCCUGGAGUCCCUGGUUCGAAUGGAGAGAAGGGAGACCGUGGCCCCCCUGGUCCGAGUAUUCCAGGAUUGCAAGGUGACAGAGGAAGCCCUGGAGUCCCUGGACCUCCUGGCCUAACUGGUCCACCUGGGAGUCCAGGAAUACCUGGUCAAUAUGGCCUUCCUGGACUGCCUGGACCUAAGGGGGACAUGGGUGCGAUGGGUGCACCAGGACCCUCAGGUGUCCCUGGCAAUCCUGGCAGAAUAGGCUUUCCUGGACCUAAAGGAGAUGAUGGUGUCCAAGGACAACCAGGUAGCCCAGGUUUUGAAGGAUCGAAGGGAGACAAAGGUGAUCCGGGCCUUCCAGGCCCACCUGGCCAAAUCUUGUCUCCAAACAUAAAUAAGGGACAAAAAGGAGAACCUGGAAUUCCAGGUUUUAGUGGAUCACCAGGUGCAAAGGGUAUUCCUGGUCUCCCUGGAGAUGCUGGAUUUCCUGGGCAAGAUGGACGACCAGGGCCACCAGGACCACCAGGCCCCAAAGGUGAUCCUGGUCUUCCAGGAAAUCCAGGAGCCCCAGGAAUGCCAGGACUGAAGGGAAGCAUGGGGGAGAUGGGAUUCCCAGGAGUUCCUGGAGUGAAGGGAAACCCUGGCCAAACUGGCCGAACUGGCCAGCCUGGAUCACCAGGAACACCAGGGUUCCCAGGACUAAAAGGUGAUCCUGGCUCAGCAGGAUAUGGAUUACCAGGAAAUCCUGGGCCUAAGGGUGAACCAGGAGCUCCAGGAUUUCCUGGAACACCAGGGCCGAAAGGCCAACCUGGUUUUCCAGGACCUCCAGGGUUGACUGGCAGCCCUGGACCCAAGGGUGACCCUGGACUCCCAGGAUUCCAAGGUGCACCUGGCAUUCCUGGCCCUAAAGGUUUGGAUGGAGUUCCAGGCCCUCCUGGUCUAAAUGGAGCACCUGGUAGGCCAGGAGAUCCUGGCCGAUCUGGACAAACCGGCAUCCCUGGUGAUAAAGGUCUGACUGGUCGCGAUGGUAUCCCAGGGCCUGCAGGACAAAAGGGUGAACCAGGUGCUCCAGGUCUUGGUGGCCCAGGCCCGCCUGGUUUCCCCGGGUUACCAGGGUCUAAAGGAGACCCUGGCUUUCCUGGUCCUCCAGGUAGUCCUGGAUUUCCUGGUCCAAAGGGUGAGGCGGGAUUCCCUGGGUUGCCGGGCCAAACUGGUCCUGUAGGACCACCUGGCCCUUCAGGCCAGCCUGUGCAGGGGCCUAAAGGUAACCAAGGCCCACCUGGUCCCCCAGGAAGAACCGGUCCUCCUGGCCCUGAGGGUCCCCGUGGGCCUGCAGGUAGUGGAGGAGUGAAGGGUGAGAAGGGCUCACCUGGAUUUCCUGGGACACCUGGUGCACCUGGACCGAAAGGAGAUUAUGGUUCCCCUGGUUUCCCGGGUCUGCCAGGUCCUCCAGGACCCAGUGGGCUUAAAGGAGAUAUUGGACCUCAAGGAGUUCCUGGAUUCCCAGGAUCUAAAGGACAGCCUGGCCCUGCUGGUUCUGUUGGCCUCACUGGGGACCGUGGUGAAGUUGGAGAUCCAGGACCUCCUGGUGACCAAGUUGUAGCGCCAGCCCCUAUUUAUUUGAAGGGGGAACGUGGGCCUCCUGGACCACCUGGUAUCCAAGGCAGCAGAGGCCCGCCAGGUCCCCAGGGAUUGCAGGGUCUUCCAGGUUCACCUGGCAACCCUGGUGACUCAGGUCCUAUGGGACCUCCAGGAUUUACUGGUUCACCUGGAAGGAAGGGAGAUCAAGGACCAUCUGGACAACCAGGUCUGCGUGGUUACCCCGGCCCUCCUGGUCCAGAUGGAAUUCAGGGCCCUCCAGGUUUCCCAGGAUCAUCAUCUGCAGCACACGGUUUUCUGAUCACACGCCACAGCCAGACCACUGAUGUGCCAUUGUGUCCUGAUAACACAAACCUCAUUUAUGAUGGGUAUUCUUUACUCUAUGUGCAGGGCAACGAGAGGGCACAUGGACAGGACCUGGGUACGGCUGGUAGCUGCCUACGUCGUUUUAGCACCAUGCCCUUCAUGUUCUGCAACAUCAACAAUGUUUGCAACUUUGCCUCCCGCAAUGACUAUUCCUAUUGGCUGUCCACACCACAGCCCAUGCCCAUGAGUAUGGCACCCAUCACUGGAGAGGGCAUCAAACCCUUCAUCAGUAGGUGUGCUGUGUGUGAAGCCCCAGCCAUGGUGAUUGCUAUACACAGCCAGACUAUUCAGUUGCCAACCUGCCCACAGAAAUGGGAUCCCCUCUGGAUUGGGUACUCCUUCAUGAUGCACACCAGUGCAGGUGCUGAGGGCUCAGGUCAGGCUCUUGCCUCUCCCGGAUCCUGUCUGGAGGAGUUUCGCUCCACUCCAUUCAUUGAGUGCCAUGGUCGGGGGACCUGCAAUUAUUACGGCAACUCCUACAGCUUCUGGCUGGCCACUGUGGACUUGAAUGAAAUGUUUAGGAGGCCGCAGUCAGAGACACUAAAAGCUGGAAACUUGGAGACCCGCGUGAGCCGCUGUAUUGUGUGUAUGAAGAGGACGUAACGUAAUGACGUGUGCAGUCUGUUGUUGUUGUUGUUGUUGUUGUUGUUGAGGAUCAGCCAUGACCUAUAGUGACUGCAGCCGCCAUACUGUCCACCAGUGGUAAUUCAUUGGUGCAGCAUCUCCAAGUUUUUACACUAUGGUGUUACUGUGCAACACAGCAAAAGAAACUGAAAGAAAGAAAUUAGUCUUUUUUUAAUUAUAUUUUUUCAAAGAAGUACCUCAAAAGAAAUAUGCAGAUCCAGCAAGGUGCCAUGGCAGUUGUGAUACAAAGUGCGUUAGAUUUUUUUCCUAAGAGAUUUUGUAGAGAUACUUUUCUUAUAAUAUUUUCCUACAAUAAUUUGUCAUGUUACACAAAAUGUGGUACAUUUUUGGGAGAAAUGCUCACUAUUUCUUUUUCUUAUGAGUGGAAUUGUCUCCAUGUUACCAAAUGGGCACUUUGAAUAUCAAAGAGACUAAAUGCACUGAAGCGUUACAUUAGUGGGACUGCCUUUUACUGCUUUUCCAUCGCUUGCUUUUCUUAUUCUUGAUGGUGGUACUAACACUGCUGUAUCAGGACUUUUUAGCAAUGUAUCAUUUAUCUCUUUUGUAAGUAAUACAAUGUGUAUAUUGUGUAAAACACCUUUUUAGUAUAAAAAUAAUUAUUCUUUAUUAUGAAUUUCUGGGUUCUUUGUUGAUAUGCUGACUCACUUUCACAUAUUAGUUCACACAUUAAUUUACGCUGAUAUCUGUACAAAGAAAAUGAAACAGUAUUUUAUAUAUAUAUAUAUAUAUAUAUAUAUAUAUCCAGAAACUUGAUUUGUUUUAGGAGGUAUUUUUAUUCAGUAAUUCCUUGUUGUCAAGCAGUAACAAAUUAUUGAUUUAAGGGGGUCAGUGGCAUUCUUCGUGGCAUACCCAGUUUUUAUUAUUAUAUUACGUAAUUAUUUUAAUAGGUCUAUCUACCAUUCUGAUUUAAUUGAAUUGAAUGUGCAUUUCAAAAUCAUUUUCCUUUUUUAAUGUUUAGUAUCCAGAAGCUGUUAUAAACUUAAAUGACUGAAAUAAAAGAAACAAACGUUGUCUGUGCAAGGUGAACUUUUUUUGCGCGCAUAGUUUGGAAUUCUGUUUGUUUUUCUCUGGAUUGACGUUGCUGGUAUGAGCAUACUAAUCAGAGUGUUGGAUUUUUCCAUGCAGUAAAUCUCCUCAUGUAAUGUGUCAGGUUUAACGGCAUAGAAAAAAUAAAUCUUAUAGAUGGAUACAAAGAGGAAACAGGUAUUGUAGGGCUGCACAAAACAGCUCUUUAUUCUGAUGAAAAUUAAGACAUUUUGCAUAGCAGUUAUGAAACAGUGUCGUAGAUGAUGAAACCAGUAUAUUUUGCUCUACUAUUACAUAUUCUAAAGUACUCCUCUGAAAAACUGAUUACAAGUAAACGUUUCAGAUUUCAGAAGAUUGAGUUAAAGGUGCACUCAGUAAUUUUUCCUCAUUAAAAAAGUUUUACUCCUAAAUAAAUGAAUAGUCAUUUUGAAACAUACGUAUAAAAUCAUGAGCACACAUGGGAUAAAGACCAGUCAUUUCAGUAACCUUAUAAAAGCUGUUUUAUUCUACAUGGAGAGGGUCCCUUCAUGGGGGCAGCCUUGUUAGAAUCACAUGACCAUCUACUACUCGCUUAAUCUCAGUAAACACCCUUUUAUUAGACACUUUCACAUGUGGAUUACACAAAUCAUGGCUGAGGCUGGGUGGCAUGGUGGCUCAGUGGGUAGCACUGUUGCCUCCAUAGCAAGAAGGGCCCAGGUUUGAGUCCUGGCUCAACUGAGUUUGCAUGUUCUCUCUGUGUUCAUGUGGGUUUCCUCUGGGUGCUCUGGGUUCCCCCACAAUCCAAAAUGACAUGCAGGUUAAGUUAAUUGGGGACCCUAAAUUGCCUGUAGAUGUGAGUGAAUGUGUAUGUCUGUGUGUGUUGCCCUGUGAUGGACUGGCCACCUGUCCAGGGUGUUUCCCUGUCUUCAGCCUGAGACAGCUGGUAUAGGCUCCAGCACUACCUGUGACCCUACAUAGGGACAAGUGGCUAUAGAAGAUGGAUGGAUGGCUGAGGCUUACUGUAAAUAGUGAAUUUCUGCAAUGGCAUCUGUAACUGAAAACUAUUGUGUUUGAAUUAUGAUGCAUCCGGACCCUUAGG